AUGAUUAUUCGAACAUUGAGACUGCAAUUAAGGUUGCCAAAACCAAUUUUCAUAUCCCCAUCAUGCCGGUAUUACUCUACCGAUCUUGAGAAAUUGAAAAAGGAAUCUGACACCACCGAGUCCGAUAACUCGGCCUCCGCCACCGGGGUUAUCGAUAAAACACACAACGAAGUGUUGUUGUACUACGACCACAUAUACCCAUUCACGACAUCAAAAAAUGUUGUUAAGCAAUAUUUGUCUCGAUUCUCUUUACCUUGGAGCACCACCUACGACAAUGAGAAGUUGAAACAGAAAGUAUGGGACUUGUCGUCGCCGUUGCCCACCACUGCCAACAUCACUGAGUUUGUCCCACUCAAAAGAGAUUGUGGGGCGUUUGUCAAAUUCAAAUACCCUCCAGGGGUCCCUGCCACUCAAUUUAUUGAAGAGGUACGAGAGAACGUGGAGAGGAACGAGCGGGAAAGAGUCAAUAGCAACAUCCUCACAAGACUCUUCCAUGAAAUCUGGAGAAAUGCACCAAAAGUGUACUCUGUAAAAGGUACACCAUGGAUUGAAGACUUGCGCCGGUUCCCCAGCCCCAAGCUCUCGGUAAAGUUUGAAGGUGAUCCAUUGACCGAGGAAGAGUUGUAUGUGUUGUUCCGUCGAUACGGGUUGAUCAAUGAGAUCGAACCAGGUGCCACCGAGGCAUUCGUAUACUUUCACAGCACGAGAGCUGCAAUUUGUGCUAAGCACUGUAUCACGGGUAUGGUGUUGAAUGGCGGCAAGACCACGCUUCACAUUCAGUAUGUUGCCAUUAAAAGAUCGAAUUUCUUGGUUCUGUUGAUCUCCAACCACACCAAAAUUGCCAUCCCGGUGUUGAUUGCGCUUUUGGCCACGUUUGCUGUUUUGAUAUUUGACCCUAUCCGGGAAUGGUUUAUCGAGUACAAGAUUCUCCACAACAGGAAAUCAUUUGACCAGUUUAAAGAGAGCAGAUGGUUCAAGUACCUUUACAUUCCUUACAGGACUAUUAUCGGAUGGGUGUACAGUAGUUAUGACUACAUUGAUAGCCAAAUCCAGGAGGUUACAGGACUGACCUGCUCCGAGGAAGGCGAUACUAGCAACGGUUCAAACAUUGCUGAUGGACAAUCAGUUUGUGACCUAAAGAAUGAGAGCAACAUGUUUUGGAUAGAAAGAUACGAAAAGUCAAAGCAGCUACAGUUAUGGAUCAUGGAGAACGCCAACACAUUUAUCAUUGUCAAGGGGCCACAAGGGUCUGGCAAAGAGGAGUUUGUGUUGGAGCACAGUUUGGGAUCGGACGAACGGUUAAGCAAAAAAGUCUUGGUGCUUGAAUGUGACCAGUUGGGUAAGGCACGGUCAGACAACAAUUUGAUAGACACGACUGCGUCACAAUUGGGGUACUUUCCAGUUUUCACCUGGACCAACACGGUGUCACGCUUUGUUGAUUUGGGAGUGCAAGGAUUAACUGGGCAGAAGUCGGGCUUGAGUGAGAGCAAAGAGACGCAAAUCAAAAACAUGUUUCUGUUGGCGACGCAGGCGAUUCGGAAAAUCACCAUUAACGAGUACAACAAAUACGUCAAGAGUGUCGAGAGAAGAAACAAGAGAUUGAAGGACGACGAGAAAAUAGAGGUCCUUAAAGAAGAUCAAUUCUUGCAACAGCAUCCUGAAGCCAAGCCAAUAAUUGUGUUGAACAAGUACAGUCGUCGUGCUGACGUGCUGCUGAACGAUUUUAUUCCUCCUUUGAUUGCAGACUGGGCAUCUGGGCUUGUGCAGAACAAUACAGCACAUGUGAUAUUUUUGACAGCAGAUGUUGGGUCGCUCCAGCUUUUAAAUGAUGCUUUGCCAAACCAGGUUUUCAAGGACAUUUCGCUUUCAGAUGCAUCCAUAUCCAGCUCGAGGCAGUACGUUUGCGAUGUGCUUAAGGUGAAAGAUACAAGCACUUUGGACCAAUGCCUUGAGCCUUUGGGUGGUAGAAUGUUGGACUUGCAAUCGUUUAUUAGACGUAUCAAGUCUGGGGAGAGCCCGCAGCAAGCAAUCAACGAGAUGAUUUCUCAGGCUGCUGAGUUGAUAAACACGUUUUUCUUGAACAGCCAUCACAAAUUUGGGGCUGGAGACAGCAACUGGGACCCAUCACAGGUGUGGCUCAUUAUGAAGUUGUUGUCUGAAUGUGACACCAUCAGCUACAGUGAGUUGGUGAAGCUGCCAUUGUUCAAAGUAUCGAAGGAAACAUUAGAAAUUUUGACGACAUUGGAGAAGUACGAUUUGAUAUCCUUGAAGCGUGAUAAGGGGGUGUUGGAUAAGAUAUCCACGGGUCGACCAUUAUUUAAGGCGGCGUUUGCGAAUAUCAUCAGUGACUUGCGAAUUUGGAAGUUGUACGAGACCGAGUACAUUGGACGGUUGAUAUCACUUGAGGUCGCCAAGAUUCAGAAAUUGGAAGAGGAGUUGGAGAGAAUCUACAAAAUUGGUAAAGUGGAUGGUAGAAUCGAUUAUGUGUCACAGAAAAUUGAAGCGUCUAACAAAAAGAUCUUGGAUUUGGAAAAGCAAGCUGCAGAUGUUGCGAGUUAUACGGGUAAAACAGACGGCAAAUCGUUUUUAGGAAUAAAGUUUUGA